AGUGUGAAAGAUACUGGCACCAUCAGAAAGGUGCCCAGCAAGGAGAAGAGGUUUGAUUCCCACACUUUUGUGCUGGCAAAGGAAGGAUACGCAUGUGGGAGACACUACUGGGAAGUGGAUGUUGGCAAGAGAAGAAGCUGGACCUUGGGUAUUGCCCGGGAAUCUGUGACUCGCAAAGGGACAGUGACUCUGUCCCCUAAGAAUGGCUUCUGGGUCAUAGGGUUUGCAGAUGGGCGAGAGUAUUGGGCCCACUCAGAUCCUUGGACCCGUUUGAGUGUGAGUGGGAAGCUGCAAAAGGUUGGGAUCUUCCUGGACAUCUCAGCCAAGCAGCUGUCAUUUUGCAACAUCCGUAAGAAAGCAGUUCUGUACACUUUCACCUUGGGAGGUGACAGCAGCCCGGAAGGGAAAUUCUUUCCCUUAUUCUCAACAGGCCCUGCUGCUGCAAAGCCUGACACUGAGCCUCUGAAAAUAGUGCAGGGGUUUGAUGAU